AUGGGAAUCAAAUUUCUGGAAUUCGUGAAGCCGUUCUGCGGCUUCGUGCCGGAGGUGUCGAAGCCGGAGCGUAAGAUUCAGUUCCGCGAGAAGAUGCUCUGGACCGCCAUCACCCUCUUCGUCUUCCUCGUCUGCUGUCAAAUCCCGCUCUUCGGAAUCAUGUCCACCGACUCUGCCGAUCCAUUCUACUGGCUUCGUGUCAUUAUGGCAUCUAACCGUGGAACCCUCAUGGAGCUCGGUAUCUCUCCAAUCGUCACUUCUGGACUCAUCAUGCAACUUCUCGCCGGAGCCAAGAUCAUCGAAGUCGGAGACACACCAAAGGAUCGUGCUCUUUUCAACGGAGCCCAAAAGUUGUUCGGAAUGGUGAUUACUGUCGGACAAGCCAUUGUCUACGUCAUGUCCGGACUCUACGGAGAGCCAUCGGAGAUCGGAGCCGGAAUCUGCCUUCUCAUCGUCGUCCAACUCGUGAUCGCCGGUCUCAUCGUCCUCUUGCUCGACGAGCUUCUCCAGAAAGGCUACGGUCUCGGAUCCGGAAUCUCGCUCUUCAUUGCCACUAACAUUUGCGAAACCAUCGUCUGGAAGGCGUUCUCCCCGGCCACAAUGAACACUGGACGUGGAACCGAGUUCGAGGGAGCCGUCAUUGCUCUCUUCCACCUUCUCGCCACUCGCUCUGAUAAGGUCCGCGCUCUUCGUGAGGCUUUCUACCGCCAGAACCUUCCAAACUUGAUGAACUUGAUGGCCACUUUCCUCGUUUUCGCUGUGGUGAUCUACUUCCAAGGAUUCCGUGUCGACCUUCCAAUCAAGUCUGCCCGCUACCGUGGACAAUACAGCAGCUACCCAAUCAAGCUCUUCUACACCUCUAACAUCCCAAUCAUUCUCCAAUCUGCUCUCGUCUCUAACCUCUACGUUAUCUCUCAGAUGCUCGCCGGAAAGUUCGGAGGAAACUUCUUCAUCAACCUUCUCGGUACCUGGUCCGACAACUCUGGAUACAGAAGCGUCCCAAUCGGAGGUCUCUGCUACUACCUUUCCCCACCAGAGUCCCUUGGACACAUCUUCGAGGACCCACUCCACUGCAUCGUCUACAUCGUCUUCAUGCUCGGAUCCUGCGCCUUCUUCUCCAAGACCUGGAUCGAUGUGUCCGGAUCUUCCGCUAAGGACGUCGCCAAGCAACUCAAGGAGCAACAGAUGGUCAUGCGCGGUCACCGUGAGAAGUCGAUGAUCCACGAGCUCAACAGAUACAUCCCAACUGCCGCCGCCUUCGGAGGACUCUGCAUUGGAGCUCUCUCUGUGACUGCUGACUUCAUGGGAGCUAUCGGAUCGGGAACCGGAAUCCUUCUCGCCGUCACCAUCAUCUACCAAUACUUUGAGAUCUUCGUCAAGGAGCAACAGGAGAUGGGAGGAGUCGCCGCCAUGUUCUUCUAA